AUGGCGACCGUGGAGCAGCAAAAGGCGCUGGUGCAGACCUUGGAUCCAGACCUCGCGGGCUUGCUGCAGACAAAGGACGUGUCCCUCAAAGUUCAGGCGCUUGUCGCUCAGAAGAAGGUGAAGACUAUCUCCAGAUUGUCUGCUAUGGCGGAUGAUCGAAAAGGCAUUCGCGAGUUUUGCGUGAAGACUUUGGGUUUAGAGGCGUCGGUCGGCGACGAUUUGGUGGAAAUUGCGAGCGUGGUAGAUGCUUGGGAGUCAGCGCGCUCUCGUGUGGAUGCCCGGAACAAGGCAGAGGGAGAAGCCGUAGUGGACGGCCUUCCGAAGGUGGUGGCCAGGACCGAGCUAGCGCAGUUGCGCGACCGAUUCGAGACCGCCUUCUAUCCUUUGACAGAGAAGUUUAUGCCUGCGAACGCGACUCUGGAACAAGUGUUCGAUAUGGUGGACAAUGGCGAGUUUGUGAACAUGUCGUUGUCAGAAUUUGCCUCCAAAGAGAACGCGGCGCAGGAGCCUGUGGCGGCUGUCAUUGACCGGAGCACAGGUGCAAUCAAGGUCAAGAAAGGGCACAUCCAAGUGCCCAUGCCUACGAACGCGGAAGAGUUGCGCGUUCGACUACGGGUGGUUGCGCACUCCUUUGUGCUGAGCUCAUUGCGCUAUCCACACGUGGCCGUCCUGAAGGGGAUCGCGCCGUCUCACUUCCAUAAUUAUGCAGACUACUUGCUUGGUGACUUUGUGCUCGGGCUGCAUGCGCGUGACUCGACAGGAGGUAUUGUCUCCUCUCCCUCUUUCGACUUGGUGGUUGCGUAUGAGUACCAGUUGCGGAAGCAUGUGACGAAGCUCCUAAACGCCGGGCAAACCCUGGUGGCGGCCUUGGAGACAUCUAUGGCGGACCCAGUGCUAAAGGAGCGGUAUUUUGUCACGCCGUCGGCGUUUCGCCUGGCUGAAUUAGCUACUGUGGGCAACAGCAGGAGAGAGCGUUCUCGCAGCAGACGUGUGCGUCGCGACCUGGGGCUGACUCGAGCUUUUGGAAAAGGCCAAAGCAAGGGCAAGUUUGCGGCACUCAAGAGGCUCACAGAGGAUGGCCAGCAGAUAUGCUUUGCGUUCAACAAUCCGCAUGAGAAGUGUCGAGGCAAGUGCGGUCGCGCCCAUGUGUGCCAAUUGUGCCUGGGCAAGCACCCGAUGCAUGCCUGCAAGUCUUCUCUGCCCGAUGCCCGCCAAGACGACAAGCGCGAGGAGUGA